CUGCACUACGGGACCCUCCUGGGCAGCAGAGCUUGUGCCCACAUGGCAGCAGCUGCCUGGGCCAGUGCCUUUCUCUACUCACUGCUGCACACAGCCAAUACAUUUUCCCUGCCUCUGUGCCAUGGCAAUGCCCUGGACCAGUUCUUCUGUGAAAUCCCACAGAUCCUCAAGCUCUCCUGCUCCAAAUCCUACCUCAGGGAACUUGGGCUUCUUGCUCUAAGUGCCUGUGUAGCCUCAAGCUGCUUUGUGUUCAUUGUUUUCUCCUAUGUGCAGAUCUUCAGGGCUGUGCUGAGGAUCCCCUCUGAGCAGGGACGGUACAAAGCCUUUUCCACCUGCCUCCCUCACCUGGCUGUUGUCUCCCUGUUUCUCAGCACUGGCGUUUUUGCCUACCUGAAGCCCCCCUCCAUCUCCUCCCCAUCCCUUGAUCUGGCCCUGUCAGUUCUGUAUUCGGUGGUGCCUCCAGUGGCGCUGUCACCGGCCUCCCUGGCUCCGAUGAGGGAAUGA